ACUGACUGACAUGUCCAGCAAGCUGAAUGAGCUCCGUAGGCCUCUGUUCAAGCCCACCCCUGGGAUGGCUCCCAUGCCUCUCCGACGAGGUGAUUCGUACGGGCCCUCACCUGUGAGUGGCGGUGCCCCGUCCCCCCCUCUCAUGAUAGAGGGUCCCGGGCGCCCCCCCUCUGCCCCCGUGGGGCGAAGGAACGAGCUCUACGGACCACGACCUCCAUCUGACCCUCACGGCCGUUACCCUCCUGACCACAAACACCCAGUGGCUGCUAGACCUGACACAAUGGCCCCACGUACAUCCUCACUAAGCAAUCUGGACUGCUCGCAGACCACUCCACUAGAGUCAGAGUCACAGGCUGAGGCCCAGGCCUCCACAGAGAACCCAGAGGCAAACUCUCGACCUCAGGGUCCUGGCUCCCUCCUGGUCUCUCCCAUCAGCUCCCCCCCCGACUCAGGCCCCGGCCCCCUCAGACCAAUCAUCAGCUAUCCCUCCGGACUCUGCUACCGUCCCCCUCCCGGCCCCGGCCCCCACCACAUCCCUCCUCCCCCACCCUUCAUGCCUCCCGUGUACCGACCAGACAACGGACACUCAGGCAUGAUGCCUCCCAGACCCCCACCGCCUAACGGACACCCGCCUGGUCCCAUGAUCCCACCCGAAUAUCGGCCUCCACCACCUGGUGCUUACAGUCCCCCUUCCCCACACAACCGGUGCCCUCCUCCACCUUCUCACUAUGGACCGGUGCCUCCCCCAUUCGGUGUUUCCAGCGGCACUCCUAUGGCCCGACCCAUGGGACCCCCACGUACCUACGUGCACUAUGGACCACGUGAUCAUUCCAUCCCACCCCAGCACCUGCCCCCUUGGGCGGCCCCAUACCCUCCUCACGGCGGCCCCAGAGACUUCCCUGGGCAGCCCCCCAUGCAGCCACAGGCCCCCCAUGGCCAUGACUCUUCUGUGGGCCCCCAGCCCGGCAUUGGCUCCCAGGGCCAGGGGCAAGACUACAGCUCCCAGCAGGCAACAGCUGCCCCCCAGGACUCAGUCAGCUCUGCCAUGGCAGAGCCUUAGACACCCACCAACCGUUAACGACCUGGCUACAUUUAAUUAACCACGAUUCAUCUCUUUAUUUUUCUUAAAGUAUCUUUUCUUAAAGUAUCUUAAAAGUUAGUGUUCCUAUUAAAGCAUCAGAAAAUCAAUGUCUUAUGUUUCGUAUGUUUGAGUAGUGACUGAGGCUUGCCACUCUGCAAGAAGGCCUAUUGUGCAAUAACAUUUAUAUUGUAUGACUGAGGGUUUUUAAAAGGGUAUUAUGUUGGUUUUGUAUUAAUUUCACAAUGUUAUCAUGGUUUCCUAUGGAAAUUAUUAAAAAUAAAGGGGCCCCAAGCUUUUGGGUUGCUUGCGCUGGUUCUAAUCCCCGAGCCGACUAGAUGAAAAAUCUGUUGAUGUGCCCUUAAGCAAGGCACUUAACCCUAAUUGGUCAUGUAAGUCGCUCUAGAUUAGAGCGUCUGCUAAAUGACUAAUUUUUUUUUUUUUAAAUGUAUCAAUCAUUUCAGAAGUACCGUAUUAUCUUAACUCUUCCCAAAACAGUCUCUUCAGAAUGAACUGAAAAGGAAGGUUGUGUAAAUUGAUAGUCAGAGAUGUAUUUACUAUUCUUAGGAUAUUUUAUUAAUAAAGCUGGUAAAAAGUACUGCAGUUAUGUUAUCUAUUGUUCAUAUGAAGCAUAUGACAACUCUUCAGAUCCAUUUUAGUUUAAAGGAAAUGUCUGAUAGUGCUCAAUGUAUUUGUUUUGUAUGGAUAGCUAUAUUACAUGUGAAAAGCCAUUAAUCACCCACUAACUGAACACCUGUCAUAUUACCUUCACAUUGUUUGUCUUUUUUUUGUCUUAUGUUACAUCAGGGAUGCAUCACAUUUGUCAAUUUAUUUUCAAGUAAAAAAAGAACCUGAUAUUUCUUGCACAUGAUUAAAGACCGUAUUUGCAUUACAUUUAUAUCAUUGCGCUCAGAUAAUGUAUGCUUUGGUGAGAAAUAUUUGUUUAACUCUGAGUAGGUCCCAGAGCGUUUCUUUGUACCCACAGACAAUAUUUACUGCUACCAAAACACUUGACUGAUUUGAUUAUUAAUGGCAUAUCUGGAAUGGUAUUAUGUACACCGUUAUCAAGGCUGUCAAAUGAUUGUAUAGUUGGGCUCUGCUCUGCCUUAUACAGUAUGUGAAGCCAUAAAUGGAGUUACUGAAGGUUAA